UGAGCAGAUCCAGCAGGCAGGAGUGAAGGAAGCGUGAGCUGUGAGCUGUCACUGAGCCAAACCCAGAGAAAGUGGCACUGAAAGUACAAGAGAAAGCAGAAAAAAACACCCAAAGGGUGGAGAAAACCAAUUUACUGGAAGAAGAGCAGAAGAGAGAGUGAGAAUGAAGGACGGAGGAAGGUAAAGAAAGAACAUGGUUCCAGUCAAUGUGUGAAGACUCGACAAGAAAAAUUCUUUGGCCAGCUUCAAGGACGGACAAUUUCCUGGGAAGCUUUGAAAAACCACAUUCACCUGUAUCUCAACAUCCAACCCAUAGCCUGCAAGGAGCAAAUACACUUGUAAGAAGACAUUUCAAGGUGAUUCCAGAUCAAAAGAUACCAAAUCAAAAAAGAAAGAAUCAAAAACUAAACCAACAUCACUAAAGUGCUGCUUUCAUUCAACUUCUGAACAGUUUUAAAAAAUAGAAGUACAAGAACUUUCAAGGUGACCCCAAACCAAAAGAUACCAAGCUAAGAAGCGCUCUGAAAGAACAGAAAGAAGAAUGCGUCUUCUGAAUAAAGACUUGCGCCUGCAGGACGUUGUGCUAAUGUACGUGACCCUGCUAGCCGCCCUGGUGGUCCUUCUGGUGGCUCCCUACCAGGCUCCUUCUGCAGUGGCCCCCUCCAGAAACCCAUUGCCCUAUAGUGUCCCUCUGGACCCAGCUGGUCAGCUGCAGCUGUCGUGGAACAUCAGCUAUCCCCAGCAAGAGGUGUACAUGGAGCUCCGAACCAAGGAGCUGCGCCACGGCGUCCUGCUAGGCAUGUCCGACUGGGGCGAGGCUACUAAUGCUGACCUGGUGCUGCUCUGGGAUGACGGGCAAAAGUCCUACUUUGGGGAUGCAUGGAGUGAUGCUGAAGGCAGGGUGACAUUAGACAGUCAGCAGGACUACCAGCUACUGGAGGCUCAGAACUCUCCUAAAGGAUUCACUCUGCUCUUCAGGAGACCCUUCAACACCUGUGACUCCCACGACUACACCAUAGAGGAAGGCACAGUCCACGUGAUUUACGCCAUGCUGGAUCAGCCAAUCCCCUCGCUCAAGCAGCUCAACGUGUCCCGUCUCCAGAUGGGCGUUCAGCGAAUCCUGCUGCUGCGUCCAGACACACCCAACCCUUCUCUCCUGCCGGAUGUGCAGAGCUUGGAGGUUCUGGCUCCUGACGUCACCAUUCCCAGUCAGGAGACCACCUACUGGUGUCACAUGUACCAGCUGCACCCCAACAUGCCCAAGCAUCACAUUGUCAUGUAUGAAGCGGUGAUAACCCCCGGUAACGAGGCCAUUGUGCAUCAUAUUGAGGUUUUCGAAUGCUCUCCCCAAAUGGACACCGUCCCUCAGUACAGCGGCUCCUGCGACUCCAAGAUGAAGCCACAGAAGCUCGACUACUGCCGCCAUGUCCUGGCUGCGUGGGCCCUGGGAGCGGAGCCGUUCUACUACCCCUCUGAUGCUGGUCUGCCUCUGGGGGGAGAUGGCUCCUCUAGGUUUCUUCGUCUGGAAGUUCACUAUCACAACCCACUUCUCAUUUCAGGUCGUCGUGACUCCUCGGGUAUCCGUCUGUGGUACACCCCGUCUCUGAGGCGGUUUGAUGCAGGGAUCAUGGAGCUGGGGCUGGUUUAUACUCCUGUCAUGGCGAUCCCUCCACACCAGCGCUCCUUUCCGCUCACCGGUUACUGCACAGCUGCAUGCACCCGCACGGCUCUGCCUCAUGGAGGGAUCCAUAUUUUUGCCUCACAACUGCACACUCACCUGGCUGGGAGGACAGUCAGGACUGUGGUGGUGAGAGGAGGAAAGGAGGUGGAGGUGGUGCAGGAGGACAAACACUACAGCACACACUAUCAGAUAAUCCGCAUCCUGAGGAAGAUGGUGACUGUUCUGCCAGGUGAUGCCCUUGUGACGAAAUGUACGUACAACACAGAGGACAGGGACAAACCUACAGUGGGUGGGUUAGGGAUCAUGGAGGAGAUGUGUGUGAACUAUGUGCAUUACUACCCACGCACACAACUGGAGCUGUGCAAGAGCCAUGUGGACCCAGGCUACCUGCAGAAAUACUUCAGCCUCAUUAACAGGUUCCAUGGAGGAGAGGGCUGCAGCUGUUCCCAGAAAACUGUAGAGGAAGAGUUCUCCACUGUGUCCUGGGACUCGUUCAGUGAGGAGGUCCUGAACUCCCUCUACACCACCUCCCCCAUCUCCAUGCACUGCAACCAGUCCACCGCUGAGCUCUUCCCUGGAGACUGGGAGAAGCAGAAGAUUCCUGAGGUUUUAGAGCAGUUCCAACAUCACCCGUACCGCUGUGAGCUUGGCCGGACAGCACCCUGGAGCACUGGUGCUACUGAGGUGCAGCCAGACCACACUGGCUAAAACCACGUCAUCUAGCCUCAGCUCAGUGGCAGCAUGGGCAUCACGAACUACUCACUAACAGCAUGACAGAACUAGAUCACUAUUUUACUGAUUUAAAUGAAUGUUAUUUAGAUUUCUGCUGUGGUGGUUUUAAAUGUAAUGCAAAGUCUUAAAAUGACAUUGUUUAAAAAAAAAGAAAUAAACCAUCAAAACUCUUGA